AUGGUAGUCAAGGGCCGGUUCUCAAAGCGCGCUCGCAAGCAGGAGAGCCCGCACCUGAAGUCUCCGACAGACCAGAUCUCCAAGAUCGCCUCUCUACAAAAGUUACCUCAACGCGACGAAGCACUGCGGAUUCUGCAUGAUAUUGCAAUACAGGUGGCGCCAUUAAUGCGGGAACAUGGCUUCAAAGUGGGGUUGUUAUGCGAGUUUAAUCCUAGGUCUCCGAACCUGCUUGGACUCAACGUGAAUCAUGGAUCAAAGGUGUGCAUACGGCUGAGGCCCGCGAAUAAUUUGAACACUUUUAUGCCCAUGGGCGAGCUUGUUGGUACUAUGCUUCAUGAGCUCACUCACAAUCGGUUUGGGCCUCACGAUGCCGCUUUUUAUGGGUUUUUGGACAAGUUAAGGACGCGGUUUGAAGAGAUCCAGGUGCGUGGGGCUCUUGAGACAACCGGAUACGUUGGUUUCAACAACGUUCUCGGAGGAUCUUUCAGGAGUAACGCUUCCGUCAACGUGAAUAGUGCGAGACUAAAGAAACUGGCUAUAGCAGGGUACAAGAGCGAGCGGCGAAAACUGGGUGGUGAGCCCAAUGGUAAUUCGGGGAAGAGCAUGCGCGAGCUGAUUGCAGAGGCCACUGAGAGGAGACUCAAGGAUUCUAAAUGGUGUGGAGAAGAGACGGAAAAUGCUCCCGAGGAUGAUGAAUUGGUGAUUAUUGAUAUAACAGAGGAAGGUGAGUUUGAAAAAGAAGAGAGCGAUAAGAUCAAGAAGACUGAAAAGGAUGAACCGAAACGCAAGAGAGUCAAAAGCCAACCAGAGAUAGAGAUUGUGGAUCUGACCUCUGAUUGA